AUGAGACAGUUGAUACAAUUAAAAAGGAAUUUGACGAAACAAAUGACAGUAAAGAAACAACCAAUGAGGGAACUUAAGGAAUCGUUGCCUUUGCCAGACAAACGGAAGGUCGAAGUAAAGGACGUGAUCAAGUCAGCAGCGCGAAAGCGGAGUAACAAGCUAUUAAAGUCUGGGAAAGUGCUCAACCCAGAAAUGUUGGACAUGAUUGCAGCUAAAGACAAUCGACUUAACUCUAAAAGAUCUAAGGGCCGGCUGUGCAACCGCCACGUGCUGAUCCCCGAGGGACCGAAGUACGACAGCGCAGGGCGCGUGUACCUGCCUGCCCACGCGGACUCGCAGCCCUUCGAACGCACGCCUCGACCACGACUACUGCUGCCCAUCUGUUGCAACUGCUGCAAGAAGUCCGUGCUCGGCUGCCAGUGA